AUGGCUGGACGACCGACAGGAGGCCCUCCAGGAGGACCUUCGAAUAACGAUUUACUGUUAGAUUUGGAAAAUGAUCAGCCCGUCUACGGUGGAGGACAGCGAUCCGCGAUGAACGACGAUGACCUUCUGCGAUCCUAUGGCCAAGAUCAGAACCAGGCCCAGGGCCGCCCUUCCGUAUCUUACGACGAUUUUGUUGGUGGUGGCGGCGGCGGAGGAGGAGGAGGACACAAUGCGCAACAACCUUCGGCUUUGAGGCCUACGCCUGGUGGUCCCUCAGCACCGGGCGCCGGCGCCGGCGCUACCUCCGGCCCUUACAUGCAAAGGCAUUACAGUCAAACAUCAGAACUGAACAACUACCAGCGGUACGCCGACGACUUUGACGACUAUCCGGCGGAUCAUGAUUCGUAUUAUCAACAGGGAGGAUCGGCAGCGAGCCAGAGCAAUGUGACUGAUCCCGCAGCCAGGGCCAACGCCCGGAACCGUAAUAGCGUUCUCAGCUUGGGUGGAGGCUUCUUUGGCAGAAUAAAGAACAGAUUGGGAAUGGGACAAGGAUACUCAGAGAUGGAUCUCCCUUUAACAGAGGCAGGAAAUGGGCGGACGGAUUCUGGUAUCGACCAACAGGCGAAACAGGGAAAGAAGUUCGACAUGGGCAACUUCAAGUUUGGCUUCGGUCGCAGCAAGCCCGACCCCUCGACCUUGGGCCCCAGAAUUAUUCACCUCAACAAUCCUCCGGCGAACGCGGCGAACAAGUAUGUGGACAACCACAUUUCGACAGCCAAGUACAAUGUCGCGACCUUCCUUCCCAAGUUCCUCUUCGAGCAGUUCUCCAAGUUCGCCAACAUCUUCUUCUUGUUCACAGCUGCGCUGCAACAGAUCCCUAACCUCUCACCUACCAACCGAUAUACGACUAUUAUUCCGCUGUUCAUCGUCAUGAUGGUCUCCGCAGGCAAGGAGCUCGUAGAGGAUUACCGACGAAAACAGGCCGAUAACGCACUCAACACAUCUAAAGCGCGUGUCCUACGUGGCACUGGGUUCCAGGAGACCAAGUGGAUCAACGUUUCGGUGGGAGACAUCAUCCGUGUUGAGUCGGAGGAGCCGUUCCCUGCCGAUCUUGUUCUCCUCGCGAGUUCCGAACCGGAAGGCCUGUGCUAUAUUGAGACAGCUAACCUCGAUGGCGAGACCAAUUUGAAGAUCAAGCAAGCUCUGCCGGAGACAUGCCCCAUGGUUAGCUCCAGCGAGCUCUCAAGACUCGGUGGCCGCAUCAAGUCUGAACAGCCAAACAGCAGCUUGUAUACGUACGAGGCUACCUUGACGAUGCAGGCUGGCGGCGGCGAGAAAGAAUUGGCAUUGAACCCCGAACAGCUCCUUCUUCGUGGUGCGACUUUGCGCAACACUCCUUGGAUUCAUGGUGUCGUUGUCUUCACAGGUCACGAGACAAAGCUCAUGCGUAACGCGACAGCAGCCCCCAUUAAGCGCACCAAGGUCGAGAAAAAGCUCAAUAUCUUGGUCUUGGUUCUUGUUGGCAUCCUCCUUGUUCUCAGUGUCAUUUGCACGGUUGGUGAUCUGGUCCAACGUAAGGUUGAGGGUGACGCUCUCCAAUACUUGAUGCUCGACUCUACUGGUUCUGCAGGCGACAUUGUUAAGACUUUCUUCAAGGACAUGGUCACUUACUGGGUUUUGUUCUCAUCUCUUGUGCCGAUUUCACUCUUCGUCACUCUGGAGAUGGUCAAGUACUGGCACGGCAUUCUCAUCAACGAUGACCUGGACAUUUAUUACGACAAGACGGACACCCCAGCGAACUGCAGAACCUCCAGCUUGGUUGAGGAACUUGGUAUGGUCGAAUACGUCUUUUCUGACAAGACUGGCACUUUGACUUGCAACAUGAUGGAGUUUAAGCAAGCUUCGAUUGGUGGAAUCCAGUACGCGGAGGAUGUCCCAGAAGAUCUUAGAGCCACGGUUCAGGAUGGUGUUGAGGUUGGAAUCCACGACUAUAAGAGACUUGCGGAGAACCUCAAGAGCCACGAAACAGCUCCUGUGAUUGACCAUUUCCUAGCUCUCCUGGCUACCUGUCAUACGGUCAUCCCCGAGAGAAGCGAGGAGAAGGGUGGCAAGAUUAAGUACCAGGCGGCCUCACCUGACGAGGGCGCACUCGUCGAGGGCGCCGCUGAACUUGGCUAUGUCUUUACGGAUCGCAAGCCGAGAUCUGUAUUUAUCGAAGCCAACGGACGGGAACUUGAAUACGAGCUCUUGGCGGUCUGCGAGUUCAACUCUACCCGAAAGCGCAUGUCGACAAUCUACCGAUGCCCCGAUGGCAAGGUCCGUGUUUACUGCAAGGGUGCUGAUACUGUUAUUCUCGAACGUCUCAACGACCAGAACCCUCAUGUUGAAGCCACCCUUCGCCAUCUGGAGGAAUACGCGUCGGAAGGUCUACGGACACUGUGCCUCGCAAUGCGUGAAGUUCCCGACCAAGAGUUUCAGGAGUGGUACAAGAUUUACGACAAGGCAUCUACUACUGUUGGUGGCAACCGUGCCGAUGAGUUGGACAAGGCUGCUGAAAUCAUUGAACGCGAUUUCUAUCUCCUGGGAGCGACCGCUAUUGAAGAUCGUCUCCAAGAUGGCGUUCCCGAGACCAUUCAUACGCUUCAGCAGGCCAACAUCAAGGUGUGGGUCUUAACUGGUGAUCGUCAGGAGACUGCCAUCAACAUCGGCAUGAGUUGCAAGCUUCUUAGCGAGGACAUGAUGCUUUUGAUUGUGAACGAGGAAAGCGCAGCCGCAACACGGGACAACCUGCAGAAGAAACUGGACGCUAUUCGAACCCAAGGUGACGGAACAAUCGAGACGGAGACAUUGGCUCUCAUUAUCGACGGCAAGUCCCUGACCUACGCUUUGGAGAAGGAUUUGGAGAAGCUGUUCCUCGAUCUGGCCAUUAUGUGUAAGGCGGUUAUCUGCUGCCGUGUUUCUCCCCUACAGAAAGCUCUUGUCGUCAAGCUGGUCAAGAAAUAUCAGAAGGAAUCCAUUCUACUCGCUAUUGGCGACGGUGCCAACGACGUCUCCAUGAUCCAGGCCGCCCACAUCGGCGUUGGUAUCAGCGGUAUGGAAGGUCUCCAAGCUGCUAGAAGUGCCGACGUUUCCAUCGGUCAGUUCCGGUAUCUGAGAAAGCUGCUGUUGGUGCACGGCGCCUGGAGUUACCAGCGUGUUGCCAAGACGAUCCUUUUCUCCUUCUAUAAGAACAUCACUCUGUACAUGACGCAAUUCUGGUACACAUUCCAAAACGUCUUCUCUGGUGCUGUCAUCUAUGAGUCGUGGACUUUGUCAUUCUACAAUGUCUUCUACACUGUCCUGCCUCCGCUCGCCUUGGGUAUCCUUGACCAGUUCAUCUCGGCCAGACUCUUGGACCGCUACCCGCAGCUGUACAACAUGGGCCAGCAGAACCAGUUCUUCAAGAUCAAGAUCUUCGCCGAGUGGGUCGCCAACGCCAUCUACCACUCUAUCAUCCUCUAUGUCUUUGGCCAGCUUAUCUGGUAUGGUGACCUCAUUCAAGGUGAUGGACAGAUCGCGGGACACUGGGUCUGGGGUACGGCUCUGUAUGCUGCCGUCCUGCUCACCGUCCUCGGUAAAGCUGCUCUAAUCACAAACAACUGGACCAAGUACCAUGUUAUUGCCAUCCCCGGCAGCAUGCUCUUCUGGUGGGGCUUCAUCGCGCUGUACGGUACCGUCGCACCCAUGAUCCCCUUUUCGGCUGAGUACCAUGGCGUCAUCCCUAAGCUGUACACCAGCCCCGUUUUCUGGUUGCAGACCAUCUCGUUGGCCAUUAUGUGUCUCCUGCGAGACUUCGCAUGGAAGUUCGCCAAGCGCAUGUACAUGCCGCAGACGUACCAUCACAUCCAGGAGAUUCAGAAGUACAACAUCCAAGAUUACAGACCAAGAAUGGAGCAAUUCCAAAAGGCUAUCCGCAAGGUGCGCCAAGUGCAGCGCAUGCGCAAGCAGCGUGGUUACGCCUUCUCCCAGGCAGACGAGAGUCAGACGAGGGUCAUCCAGGCGUACGACACGACGCAGCACCGCGGACGUUACGGUGAGAUGGCCAGUUCCAGACCUCAGGGCCACUGA